AUGGCAGCUUGGAACCGCCACCAUCAUUUUAACAUGAUCAUGGAUGAGAAUGCCAAAAACAAAUUGGGCGUGGUCGGCGGCGGUAUGCCAGAGGCCGCUAGCGGCGAGAGGCGGCACGGGCCCCUGUACGGGAGGCUGGUGGCCGAGGAACAGUUGGCCUCAAUGAGCGCGCCCUCGGACAUUCAGGUGAGCGCCCAUGUGCGCAACCCAAGAGCUUUCUGGCGCUACCGUACCCCCGCUCAGGCUAUGCAAGCCCGAAUACCGCAUAACUUUCGAGAUCCUUCGACGGCGCCGUUAAGGAAACUCAGUGUCGACCUUAUUAAAACCUACAAACACAUAAAUGAGGUAUAUUACGCCAAAAAGAAGCGGAGAGCGCAACAGUACUUGGGUGAUGACGGUUCACACAAAAAGGAAAGGAAGCUCUACAACGACGGGUACGAUGACGAUAACCACGACUAUAUCAUCAAACAGGGAGAGAAGUUCCUAGACAGAUAUGAGAUCUCAUCUCCGAUAGGCAAGGGAUCCUUUGGUCAGGUUGUGAAAGCGUACGACCACGAGGAGCAGUGUCAAGUAGCGAUAAAAAUUAUUAAGAAUAAGAAACCUUUCCUAAACCAGGCACAAAUAGAAGUCAAGUUACUAGAAAUGAUGAAUAGGGCGGAUGCCGAAAAUAAGUAUUAUAUAGUAAAACUGAAGCGUCACUUUAUGUGGCGGAAUCACUUGUGCCUAGUGUUCGAGCUGUUGUCGUACAAUCUGUACGAUCUGUUGCGUAAUACGAACUUCAGGGGUGUGUCGUUGAACCUGACGAGGAAGUUCGCACAGCAGCUGUGUACAGCCCUGCUGUUCCUUAGUCAACCUGAACUUAAUAUAAUUCACUGUGAUCUUAAGCCUGAGAAUAUAUUAUUAUGCAAUCCGAAGAGAUCGGCCAUCAAAAUUGUGGACUUUGGUAGUUCGUGUCAACUAGGUCAACGGAUAUACCAGUACAUUCAGUCACGUUUCUACCGUUCCCCGGAGGUAUUACUCGGUAUACCAUACGACCUGGCUAUAGACAUGUGGUCACUGGGUUGUAUACUGGUUGAGAUGCACACGGGCGAGCCACUGUUCAGUGGUGCCAACGAGCUCGACCAGAUGAACAAGAUCGUCGAAGUACUAGGGAUGCCUCCAGACCAGCUCCUGGAUCAGGCUCACAAGACAAGAAAGUUCUUCGACCAAUUACCGCCUUCAGAGGGGGGCGGCUAUGUCCUUAAGAAAGUUGCUGGCAAGGAUGGCGGUUAUCGUAAGUAUCGCCCGGCCGGCACGAGACGUCUUCACGACAUACUCGGCGUGGAGGGGGGAGGACCCGCGGCCCGGAGGAGGGGGGAGCCGGGACACUCUGUAUCAGACUACCUCAAGUUUAAGGACCUAAUCCUCCGCAUGUUGGAGUACGAUCCAAAACAACGUGUGACGCCGUACUACGCGCUGCAGCACAACUUCUUCAAGCGAACAGCUGACGAGGCGACUAACACGCAGCAGGCGCAGCAUCACCAGCACGCGGGUGCGCGGCUGUGGGGAGGUGCCGAGCGUAUGGAGGUCGAGGCGCGAAGGGACGAAGACGUGCUGGCGGUCUGCUCGCUGGCUCACAGCCCCGUCGCCAUACACUGA